AUGAGUGGACAGGCUGCCAGCUAUUAUAAUGAGGGCGUCCCUCAAGGUCAGCCCCAGCCCUAUGCAUACGACCAGCAUGCGAAUUAUCAACAGCCAAAUGUUCAGCCGGCACCAUACCCGCAGCCAAAUUACCAGCAACCAACCUAUCAGGGACCGGGACCUGAGGCCAAACCACCACAGUACCAACAAAAUGUCCCAGAGUCCGGAUACAGCUUUGACCAGGCGUUCAAGAUCGAAAAGCCCAAGUGGAAUGAUUUGUGGGCGGGUCUCUUGUUGAUCGCCGUCUUCCUCGGAUAUGCUGCCGUCUCUGGAUUGACCAUCCACAAGUAUGCCACCAACAAAGGCUUCAAUGGAGGUGGCAUCUACGACUCGGCCAAUGAUUUCUCCCUCGACACCAACACCCUCGUCCUAUUUAUCUUCGGCCUCGUCGUCGCCCUGGUUUUCUCUUGGCUCUAUUUCCUGGGCGCAAGAUAUUUCACCAAGACCUUUAUCUGGGCAACCGGAAUCCUCAACAUCGUCUUUGCUCUCGCAACCGGAAUCUACUACAUCGCGCGCAAGCAAUAUGGAGGUGGCAUCGUGUUCCUUGUCUUCGGUGUCUUUGCAAUCAUAUGUUUCAUCAGCUGGAUCCCGCGCAUCCCCUUCACAGCCUUUAUGCUACAGACCACCAUGGACGUAGCCCGCGGCUACGGGCACAUCUUCCUAGUCAGCGCGCUAGGCGGAAUCGCCACAGUCGCUUUCGCAGCUUGGUUUUCCGUCACUCUGGUCUCGAUCUACGUCGCCUACGAGCCCGAUUCCUCGGGCGGCGUUAACCCCGCCUGUGCGAACGGCGGCUGCAGCAGAGCAAAAGUCAUCGGCCUCGUCGUCUACGUCACCUUCGCCAUGUACUGGCUCAGUGAGUGGAUCAAGAACACUGUCCACACCACCGUCGCAGGUGUCUACGGCUCAUGGUAUUUCUGGAGCAAGUCCGCGGGCGGCAUGCCCAAGGGCUCAACCAGGGGCGCGUUCCGUCGUGCGACUACAUACUCCUUUGGCAGUAUCAGUCUGGGAAGUUUGAUCAUCGCGUUCAUCAACAUGUUGCGCCAGGCUUGCUCCAUCGCACAGCGACAGGAGGCUGCGGAGGGUAAUAUCGUCGGCAGUAUCUUCGUUUGGAUUUUGGGAUGUUUCAUCGCGCUGCUCGAUUGGCUCGUUACUCUUUUCAACCGCUACGCAUUCUGUCACAUCGCAUUGUACGGAAAGCCUUAUAUUCCUGCUGCCAAGGAUACAUGGACUAUGAUGCGCGACCGUGGAAUUGACGCCCUGGUGCAAGACUGCCUGAUUGGUCCGGUGUUGACUAUGGGCUCGACUUUCGUCGCUUAUGUCUGUGCCCUGCUGUCCUAUCUCUAUCUGCAGUUCACGAACCCCGAGUACAACAGGGAUGGGAACUUCACCGCGGUGAUCAUGGCCUUCGCUUUCCUGAUUGGUCUGCAAGUCUGUCAGGUCUUCAUGACACCCAUUGGCAGUGGUGUCGAGACUAUCUUCGUGGCUAUGGCUUGGGAUCCUCAGGUCAUGAUCAACGACCAUCCGGAUAUCUACUACAAGCUGGUCCAGCUUUACCCGAAAGUUCAGCAGGCAGUACACGCUUAA